AAUUGGAAAAACCCUAACCCUGAAACCUUGACCCAGCUCUGAAACAGGCAGCCACACCCCACCCCUGUUUCAUCCCCUUCAGCGUUACCCUCACUCCCAAUCCCUAACCCAGCAUCACAACCCCCCUGCCGUCACCAUCAUUAUGCGACACACAUACAGAAGUGGAAAGGGAGAAGAGAGAGCUCGCGAAACAGGGAGAGAUGGACCCGCGCCCUGCCGUCCACCCAUGCCUCGCCGCCGCGCCACCGCGCCCUGCCGUCGAAUCCAUCCCGCUGCUGCCACCAACGCUGAAGAAGAGGGAUGGCUUGCGAGUGAGAGGGUCGCGGGCUUGUAGUCGUCGUCCUUGUCGGCGAGAAAGAAGGACGCCAUCGGCGCCGUUCAGAGUAGAAGGAGAUGAGCCUCUGUCGCGCCACCACAGCGCCGCUGCCGCCGCUGGGGGAGUUUCGUGCGUCACCGCCGAGGGUUUGCCGCUGGUGAGGAAGAGACACCGUCGCCUCAAGCUGCUGCCGCCAUCGAGUUUCGAGGAGAGAGAGGGAGCUGCGGAGAGGUUGAGCCGCGAUGGUGGGUUGUUCCGCUACCCUUGCUGCCGUCACCGCCAGAAGCUGCCGCCAUGGCUGCCGGCUUCCUAACUACUGCGUGCUUGUGGUCCGCUGGGUAUGGUCGCCGGGGGAGUCGUUGUGGCUGCUGAAACCAGCGCUGAAUCUUCAGGCCGCUUCUACCGCCGAAAAAACACUGCCGCCGCCUCUGUCGCCAAAAAUAGCCGCUCAGUCCUCUGUGUUGGAGUUUAUUGCGAGUUGUCGUUGUUCUGGUCACCGGCUGAGGCGUUGGUGUUACCGGAACCGCCACCGAUGCUGCCGCUACUUGGUUCCCUUGAGUACGAGUUGCUGUGGUUACUGCGAAAGUGGCUUGGAGCUGAGGUUGCGGUUAUUGGUGAUUUCGGGUUGAGAGAGAAUUUUUUGUGACGCGUUUGGGUUAUGGUUUUGCGUAUCGAGGUAGGGGCUUUUCUAAAAAGCUAUUUAUAGCUGGAAUUGUUAUAAAUGGAUACUAGUGUGAUAAUUAUAUAUUUUUUGUGAUUGUACCAGUCUUAGGUAUUGUUUGGCGACUUUGGAUGAAUAUGAUUAUAUGUUUUGAUUAGAUUAUUGUUUGGUUUUGAUAAAUGAAUUGUUGCUGAACUAUUUUUUUAAGUUUUGGAAAUGAGUUUAAUCGGUUGAUAAUGAUUUGAUCUUGAAACGGUUUUCUUGAGAUAUAAAAAUGAGGUGAUUGUUGGAUUUAGCUCGCUUUUGAACUAAUUUUGAAUUUUGGACCAUUGAAAAGGAUUGUGGAAUGGUUUAGUUGGGACCCGAAUUGGGUGGCAAAGUCCAAGUUUUAGGGGAAGUGUUGCCAAAAUUUUUAUAAAAAUCCUAGACUUUGUUUGAAAAGUUAUUUAGAAAGGUUUGAAUUUGAGAAAUUGCAUUAUUUGAUUUAUUAAGAUAAUAUUUAUAUUUUCGAGCUUAAUUUAUUUAAGUAAACUAUAUGUCUUGAGUUCGAUUUAUUUAGAAAAGAAUUAUUUUACCAUUUGAAUCACUAAAGGAAAGCAUUAUGUUCUAAUACUAAUUUUUAAUAUAAAAAGGACUUUUGCUUUUGGUUAGAUUUAAAGAUUUCAUUCAGAGGAGCUUUUAGUGAUUUUAAAGGAAAUUAGACUUUGACUGAAUAAUUGCGUUUGUGACAUUUUGGAAGAAUUCAAAGAAUUAGUUUUAAGAAGGAACCUGGAAGUGGUUUUAAUUUAAAUGAAUUGGUUCCGUUUCAAGUGAAUUGACUUUGGAUUGGGUUGGAAUUUGUGACUUUAUAUAAUCCAUUUUUAUAAUAAACUCUGUUUUUAUUUGCUUAACCAAGGAUCUAUGAUUUUAAGAAUUUCAAUGAAUUUUUAAGAAAUUAAGAUAGGUUGUCCUUCCCUAAAGUCUUGAGACUUUGCUGAGAAAUUUCUAUUACCAAAUUCCGUUUUGGGAUGACUGAUUUUUGGAUCUUUCAAAGGAGAUUUUUAAUUUGGCCUAGUUGUUGAAUUGUUUGGAAGUUUUAGAAGGGUGUUGUAGAAAUGUGGCUUGUUUUGAAAGAGGAAAUUUCUUUUGAGAAAGAUGGCUUAUAAGCUAGAAGUGAUUUGGGAAUGUGGAUUUUUGAAGUUAAGACUGGGAGGAAUUGAAAUUGAUUUUCAAAGAAAAGUAUUUUGAAAAAAGUGAUUUAUGACUUAAAUGAUGAUUAUAUGUUUGAUGAUGUUGGAUGGUGGAAGUGCUGUUAUGCUAUGAGCCAGAAUGACUGUAUAUGAUAAUGAAUCAUGGCUGUUUGUGGAAUAUGUUAUGAGCCAGAAUGGCUGUAUAUGAUAAUGAAUCAUGGAUGGUUGUGGAAUAUGUUAUGAGCCGGAUGGUUGAGUAUGAAUAUGAAUGGUUAUUAAAUUGAUAAAGUGAUUGUUGCACUUCUAAUUAUCUGAGAUACGAGUUUUCCUGGGUAGAAGUAGUGGCUAGUCACCACUUGCUCCAGGUUGAGACUCAAUACUCUGCUGACCCUAUGUCGUAAGUGUGGUCGGACACUGUGAAAGUUCCGGAUGAGCUCGCCCCCGUGAAUAUACACCAGUGAGGGUGUUGGAUGUGAAUUAUAAUUAUAAUUGUGAAUAACUCGAGUUGGGGAUGCACGACAGAGGGACAGUCCAAUGGUUAGCUACCAGGACUUGUCGGGUUGGCUUUAUAACCGACAGAUGAUAUCAUCAGCCGCUAGGACAGGCAUUCAUCAUAUGCAUCUAUGUGACAUUGUUUGGGUAUGCAUAUUGUACUUGGUUUGCCUUUGUGAUUACUUGUAAUUAACUGUUAAUUGUUCUAUUUGCAGUAACUGUUUGUUUGUGCUUGAACUUUCCUAUUUGUGUUUGCGACUGAGACUCUGUUGGAUUGUGGUGAUUGAUUGUUGUUUAGGUUGUUUGGGUCUAGGGUCGUGGUUGAUCAUGAGGUGGGUCGAAGGCCAUGUCUGGUUGAUGUUUCUGGUUUAGAAAAGUAAGAAAAACUAAUUUGGUUCAACAUGGAUAAACCUUUUUAAUUACUUUUGAAUUUUUAAGAAAUGAACAGUUUCCUCUUUCAAAAAAGAUUUCAGAUAUUUUGUAUAGUAAACCUUUGCUUUUGAAAAGAUGCAUAAGGCAGUUAUUAAUCAAUGUAACGAUUUUAUCUCGCGUAUCCUAUUAUAGUAAUUCUGCAACCCUAUAGUGAGAACCCUUUCGAGGAUGAUGUUCUCACUCCCCUACAGGACUUUUCUUUU